AUGGGUCUCUUCCACACAUCCACAGCACUGGUCUACACCGUGCUUCUCCUAAUAUCCUCAACUCUCGUUGCGGGCAUUCAAUACUGUCACACCGGACCCGAUUUCUGUUUCGCCGCGACUACUCAACAAAACACAUCAAGUGAUAGCCACGAUGUCUACUUGACCAUUUCUGCAACCCCAUCAAAGAAAGGAGGCUGGACUGGUGUCGGUCUCGGCCGUGAAAUGAAAGGUGCUUUGAUGUUCAUCGUCUAUGAAGAUCAAGAAAGUAAAUCGCUCAUCACCAGCAUUCGAUCUGCAAGCGGCCAUGUUAUGCCCAGUGUUGUGAAAGAUGCCCACGAACAAGUCUCGGUCUUGCAUGCGACAGUUUCAGAUGACAAGUAUCUCGCGCAGUUUGUCUGCUAUUCGUGCUGGUCACCAGAAGUGGAGGUUAAUGGAUUGUCGCCCUACAUAUUUGCCGGAAACAAAGAACAAGCUUUCUAUGGGGCUGACAAAUACUCAAGCCUGACGCAACAUGAGUUCAAUGGUAAGAUAUGGGGUAACAUGAGCGUCACAGCAAAGGAUAGUACGAACUCAGCCCCAUCCAUCCAAGGCGAAGAGACGAUUGGAAUUACCGAAGAUUCACCGGUACCAGAACCCAAAAAGCAUAAAGGGUUAUUCACUCCAGUUCGAAUUCACGGUGCCAUUAUGACCGUCUCUUUCAUGGGACUGUACUUUGUAGGCAGCAUGGCCAUCCGCUCCCCGCUGAUUCGCGCUUUCAAAUAUCACUGGAUGAUCCAAGCCGGCGCAUCUGUCCUCGCACUCGGAAAUGGCCUGUACAUGCUCUUGCGUUCAACCCAUUUCCAUCUCCACAAGAUCAUCGGCCUUGCCAUCCUAUGCUCUCUGAUCAUCCAGGCUGCUGCGGGCUACAAGCACCAUAUUGACUUUGUCAAGAUCCGCCGACAAACAAUCUUCACGCUCGUGCAUCGCUGGCUAGGGCGCGGAAUUCUUUUGUUUGGCACUAUGAAUGUCGGACUUGGUAUGUACCGCCGCCACUGGUCGUCUCUGGGAUUGUUCAUCUGGUUCCUGAUUUGGUGUGUUGAGAUCGCUGGCUAUGGGUAUGUAUUGUGGCAGCACCAACGUCGCCAGUCACAGCAACGUGGACAUGCUAUUCCAAAGGAAGACUUGGAGGACAUUGCGGAUGCAGAGGUGUUCGACCUCGGCGACGACUUUGAUGAGGAGGAGGAUGAGGUUGAGGGAUAUCCGCUCAUGGAUCGUCAGAAAAAUACAUGA